AUGCAGAUAGUACUCCGGUGUACAACCGGUGAUGGAACAUCCGAUCUCAUCACAUGCCACUGGCCCGUCACGCUAUCUAUUAAGCUGGAAAUUGUAAUAAUAGAGACCAAUUCCGGCGAUACACUUUCCACUCAGUCAUCCACGUCAGUUGGGAAGCGACAGCACAUUAUAAGCAUAUUUGCACGCGAGCUCGUGUCUCCAGAGAAAGUUUACAUUUGA